UGUACCACAUACCGUGAUUUAAAGUGGAGCAGUGCGGUUGGCUAGCCAGUGGCAGUGACCGAGCGCGCGAAAACAGUAUCUCAAACGAACAAUAGUUUUAAGUUCAUAUUUUUUUCUCGAAAAAGUUUGAUUACCAAAGACUAUUUUGUGAAAAAGUUUUUUUGAACUUCUGUGGUGAUUGUUUUGAUUAAAGUGUUCCACGAGCCUUCAAAAUGACACAUUUAAAGACGCUAAUAUUCGCGGUAUUCGCUACAAUCGCGAGUUGCGAGCCUCCAGUGCAACAAGGAUACAACUACAACUCACCAAACAACUACCAGAACGGAUUUAACACACCAAGCAAUAGCUACCUACCUCCGAACACCGGUUACAAUGCUCCCAGUACGGGAUAUAAUGCCCCCAGUACGGGAUAUAAUGCACCCAGUACGGGAUACAAAGCGCCUAGUACAGAAUACGGCGCGCCGAAUAUUGGUUAUAAUGCACCCAGUACGGGUUACAAUGCGCCUAGUUCUGGAUACAACGCGCCUAGUACGGGAUACAACGCGCCUAAUGUGGGAUAUACCGCGCCUAGUUCCGGUUAUAACGCGCCUAGUGGACAAGACUACAACGGAGGUUAUGACAGCCAUAAUCACGACCACGGCCACGGUCAUGAGAGCGAAGUGCCAAAAUCCUACGAGUUCGGCUACUCAGUGAAAGACGCUCAGUCGGGCAACGACUACGGACGGCAAGAGACGUCGGACGGCAACACCGUGCGCGGGGAGUACCGGGUGCAGCUGCCUGACGGGAGGACGCAGAUCGUGACGUACCACGCGGACUGGAAGACUGGUUUCCACGCGGACGUGCGUUACGAGGGAGAGGCGAGGUACCCGGAGCCGCAGCAGAAUGGCUACAACUACGGAGCUUCCGACUACAGCGCAUCCAACGACAUCCACAGCAACACCAACAGUUACCGACCAUCCACCGCCUACGGACCCCCUGGAUACCAUAAAUAGGCUAAUUACACCACCUUACCUCAAAAAUAACAUGUACGAUGAACUGGAUCCAUUGGUGUAAAAGCGCCAUCUGUUGACGAGUGGAAAAACUAAUAUUUUUUAAAAUUGCAUAGCGCCAUCUAUUGUACAAAAACAUAACCAUAACAACCAACCAUGGAGGUUUGGUUUUUGAGAUCUAUCAUGUUUAUGGACUGUUUCCUUUCAUAGACAAUCUUGUUUUAUGAAUCUCAGAAUAAUAGCUAAUAUUGAAUUUUCAUUCCACCUUACAAAUCUGUAAGUAGAAACGGGUAAUACUCAUCAAUGGCAAGCAAUCAUCAUUUAUUUUAACAUAACUUAAUAGGUACUUACACUAUGUUUAAGUACCUAUUUCAAGUUUUCAAUAAGUUAUCGUUCUGUCGUCGUUAGGGCAUUAUGGUCUAUUCACACAGCGGUCCGUUUGACGGGAUCCGUGUUUUAUUGUAUAACGAGUUAAAACAUAAAAACGAUCCUGUAUAAAAGACCUGCUGUUCAAAUGAUCCUUAGUAUUAAUGUAGUGUAGGUAGACUUGUUUUAAGUUUUUAUACCUGCUUACCAGUAUUUUCAAAGUAAACAAAGUUACCAAA